AUCAACUAGUAUAAACCAAGCUCAGGAUGUAAUACGAUGCAUGCACUGCAAUCUUUCGGAAGCGGAGUAUAGGUGUGUUCCGUGUGGGGAUCGCAUGUGCCAGAAUUGCAAAAGAUCUCACUCUCAAGAUGCUUACUUUGCCAGCCAUGAAGUUGUUUCGGUUCGUGAAGGUUCGUCCUUGGAUCAAAAAUGUCAAGAUCAUCCUUCAUUCCGUAUUGAAAGUGGAUGUAGUGAUUGUAAAGUUCCAAUUUGUGCAGAGUGUAAAAUUAAAGCACACAGAAAUCACAAAUAUGUUAGCAAUGAUGACCUUUUUGAUGAUACAAGGAAAUUUUUACUAAAAAGCGUAAAGAAAAUGAAAGAAAAGGAAAAGAAGGUUGAAUCAUUUCUUGUUAAUACAAAGCAGGACCAACCAAAGAUAUAUGAGGACGUGAGAAAAGCUAUGAAAAAACAAGUUGAACUAUCUAAAAAAGAGGCCGAUGCCCUUCUGCGAGAGAGUAUAAAAAAGCUCGACGAAAUGGAAAAGACAGAUGUCUCUAAAGUGGCAGAGUAUCAGAAUAUGUUAAAAGAGAAAUUGAAUGAAUUGAAAGUAAACAUUGAGACUGCGGAAGUAGCAUUGGAGAGAAGUACUCCAGUGGAUCUUAUAUUAUUCUGCAAGUAUGGUUUACAAGUUUCCGAUACUAAGAUUAAAGACACGUUUAGCUUCACCUAUCCGUCAUUUAAGGAAGGUGAUGUAACACUUAUUGCAAAGAUAUUUGGAACUUUAACCCCCUCGAAAGUUGAAUGGAGACCAUUUAACAAAGCACGCAAAAGUUCAACGACAACAUUAAUGCAAAGACCUAAAACAGCACCAGUAAAACAACCCAGUAAGGAAAAUCUUGUAGAAAGUUGUUUCUUGCGACAAUCGUUUAACGUUGUUACAACUCCAAGGGUACAGCAAGGUUUUAAAGAAUUACCUCGCUGUAUUGCCGAAUUUGACAGUCCAUAUUCCAUGUUAUUUCACAUAUCCUACUGUGGACAAGAUCAAGUGUAUGUAAGUGGUAAUGGUAAGAACAUCACACUGCUCAAUAUUAAAGGAAAGAAACUUAAAACAAUCAACACAACCAGGGAAGUGCUAGGUUUUACCGUAGCUUAUAAUCAGACCAUCAUUUAUUCAGACGGAAACGCUGGUGUCGUAGAAGUUGCAAUGGAUAAAACAAGAAAAACUAUAUUCACAUAUCCUGGAGCGGACCCAUGGGACAUUUGCUGUUCUAAAUCAGGGAAUUAUCUUGUAUGUUUAAUUCCGUAUUCCAGUAUAGAUACAACCGAGGACAAAUGUGGACUAGUUGUAGAGUUUGAUAAAACUGGUACUAUAAAAAGAGAGAUAAACUGUGAUAGACAAAACAAUCCAAUUUAUCGCGAACCAAAAUUUGUUUGUGAAAAUUCAAUUAGAGACGUGUGUGUUUCUGACUGUUUUGUUCGGAAAGUGAUAGUUGUUAAUGCAUUCGGUAUUGUUCGUUUUAGGUAUGGAGGUCAAUUAGAUUUGAGGACCUGUUCACCGUUCAGUCCUCGUGGUAUUGCUACAGACUGUCGCGGAAAUAUUCUUGUUGCCGACAAGGACAAUAAUUUUAUCCACCUUUUAAGUCAAGAAGGACAUUUUAUAACAUACAUUUUGACAGUAGUUGACGGAAUAACGAAACCAUGGUCAAUUUGUGUCGACCCUGACGACAGAAUAUGGGUGGCUGAGGAAAAUGACACUCCACAAGAAGUUCGAAGGAAAGCUAAAGUCAAAGUGUUUAAUGAUCUGAGACUGUAAUAUAUAAUAAAUUAAAAGUUAUCUUC